GUGUUCGACGUUCAGGUUCAGCUGUGAAUCUGUGUCGGAGUACAAUAAACAUUAGUACAGUUUCGUUAUUUCCAUUUUAUUUUUCUCCGGAUAGGGGGAUUUUGUAAUGCUUUUUUAAGAACGGCCGUCGAAGAGUUUUUGAAGAAAAUCCGUUUCCAGUCGCAUUAAUCAACAAGAGGCGAAGCAGGGGAUGACCGAUUUGAUAAUUUAAUAAUUCCUGGUUGAGAUAGAUUGUUAAAAAUUGACCUGCCUGUUAUCGCCCACUUCACAAUUAAGAUUGACUCAGUGUGGGGUUGGGCUUCUCCGCCUCUGCGGCUCCAAACAGGCCGCAGAAUGGCGGAGUUAGCUGGCGUUGGUGGUGGGGGUGACCGGGACAGGGCCCCUUCACCUGCUAGAUUAGCUCAUACCUCAGAAAAACACCCAAGGGGCACAUUGACAGAAUUGAAUGUCCUCAGAAGACACAGGGAACUAUGCGAUGUAGUUUUAAAUGUAGGAUCAAGAAAAAUCUUUGCUCAUAGGGUUAUAUUAUCAGCGUGUAGUCCUUAUUUUCGAGCUAUGUUCACUGGCGAACUUGCAGAGUCAAGACAGACAGAAGUGACUAUCAGAGACAUAGAUGAACAUGCUAUGGAGCUCCUGAUAGAUUUCUGUUAUACUUCACAUAUAGUAGUUGAAGAGGCCAAUGUCCAAACUUUAUUACCUGCAGCUUGUCUAUUACAAUUAGCUGAAAUACAAGACAUCUGCUGUGAGUUUCUGAAACGACAAUUAGACCCGUCAAACUGCCUGGGGAUUAGAGCAUUUGCCGAUACUCAUUCAUGUAGAGAGCUUCUUAGAAUAGCGGAUAAGUUCACUCAGCAUAAUUUCCAAGAGGUUAUGGAGAGUGAAGAAUUCUUGCUGUUGCCUGUUGGACAAUUAGUUGAUAUAAUAUCAAGUGAUGAACUAAAUGUCAGAUCUGAAGAACAAGUAUUUAGUGCAGUUAUGUCAUGGGUGAAAUAUAAUGUGUCUGACAGGAGGCAACAUCUCCCCCAGGUAUUGCAACAUGUAAGACUGCCUCUUCUGAGUCCAAAAUUUCUUGUUGGCACUGUUGGGUCAGAUUUACUUGUAAGAAGUGAUGAGGCAUGCCGGGAUCUUGUUGAUGAAGCAAAAAAUUAUCUUUUAUUACCCCAAGAACGUCCCUUGAUGCAAGGGCCAAGGACAAGACCGAGAAAGCCUACAAGACGUGGCGAAGUUCUUUUUGCUGUCGGCGGAUGGUGCAGUGGUGAUGCUAUUGCAUCUGUAGAAAGAUUUGACCCUCAGACUGUUGAUUGGAAAAUGGUUGCCCCAAUGUCAAAACGGAGGUGUGGUGUGGGCGUUGCAGUGUUAAACGAUCUUUUGUAUGCAGUUGGUGGCCAUGAUGGCCAGUCUUAUCUCAAUAGCAUUGAAAGGUAUGAUCCACAAACAAACCAAUGGUCCUGUGAUGUUGCACCAACAACUUCAUGUCGAACAAGCGUUGGUGUAGCUGUUUUAGACGGCUUUCUUUAUGCAGUUGGUGGCCAGGAUGGAGUUCAAUGUUUAAAUCAUGUUGAAAGAUAUGAUCCAAAAGAAAAUAAGUGGAGUAAAGUAGCUCCAAUGACUACAAGAAGGCUUGGAGUAGCAGUUGCGGUUUUAGGAGGCUAUCUUUAUGCGAUAGGGGGGUCUGAUGGUCAAUCUCCUCUCAAUUCUGUCGAAAGAUACGAUCCUAGGCAAAAUAAAUGGACAGCAAUGGCCCCAAUGUCAACUAGGCGUAAACAUCUCGGUUGUGCCGUUUUCAACAACCUCAUAUAUGCAGUUGGAGGCCGAGACGACUGCACUGAGCUCUCUUCGGCAGAAAGGUACAGCCCUCAUUCAAACACUUGGUCCCCUAUUGUUGCCAUGACAUCAAGGAGAAGUGGGGUUGGCCUGGCUGUCGUCAAUGGUCAAUUAUAUGCUGUGGGAGGCUUUGACGGUACUGCUUAUUUAAAAACUAUUGAGGUUUAUGACCCUGAGCAGAACCAGUGGAGGUUGUGCGGUGCGAUGAAUUACAGGCGGCUAGGGGGUGGUGUUGGAGUAAUGAGAGCUCCACAAACUGAAAAUUACUUCUGGUGAAACUUGUAAUUAAAAAAGUGUAAAUAUAAUUGCUUUUUGUUUUGGUUUUUUGUAAAUAUAUUAGCUUCAGCAAAUUUCCAUGUUCCAACAUUGAAUCUCUUUCUUAAACAAAUAUAUUGUAUGUGUGUAUGUUAUAUGUAUGAAUGGAUUUGAAUUUUUUUAAAAAUAUGUAAUAACGGAAAAACUUUAAAGUGUAAAGAACAAAUAUUGUUAAUGAAAAUAUUUUAAGCAAAACCACAAAAAUAAUUUUAUUGCUCAUUGUCUGACACUGGUUAUAUAUAAAAUAUAAAACUGGUUAUUGCUGGAAUAAUGUAUAAUAUAAAACUGUGGUUGAAUUUUGUCAUGUUUUCACCUUUAAAUAAACUACAAAUGAACACUUA